AUGAAGCCAGUAAUUGAAAUAGCGGAUGGAGUUAAAAUAUCGAGAUGUAUUGUUGAAGGUGCUGAUGGUUUUCAUUGUCUUGGAACUUGUACUAUUGAAGAUUGCUGGAAUGAUCAUGUUUUAGAUGAUUCUAUUAGUUUAUUUGGCACUAGUCCAAACUCUGUGUAUAAAAUUAACGGUGGAGGUGCAAGACUUGGUAAAGGAAAAACGAUACAAUUCGACGGUGCUGGAAAAUUAUAUGUCAACAACUUUUACAUAGACGGUGCUGGACAAGGAAUCCGUCCCUGUGGUAACUGUAAGCAGCAGUAUCGUAAUCGUGAAGUUCAUGUAGACGGUUUAACUAUAAGAAACCUCGAAGCUGGACAAUAUGUUGUUGGGGUAAAUAAAAAUUACGGAGAGAGAGCUACCCUCAAAAAUAUUCAUAUUUAUGGAUCAACAGCAAAUCAAGUAUUUCCUUGUAAAGUAUUCGAAGGAAAUAAUCAAGGUAAAAAUCCAAAAGUUCUUCAAUCGGAAAAUGAUAAUGGAGGAGAUGGAACUUAUUGCAUUUAUAAAAAAAGUGACAUCCAUAUUAAUUCAUAA